AUGAAUUACACGAGUGAAUAUAAAUUACAUAAACCAGUGCAUAUUGACCUACAUCGCGCUAGAGCUUUGCAACGAGAUGAAUGUUCGCAAGACAUGCAAUGUGGACGAUGGAUGAUUUGUUGCCGCAAGCAAUGGUGCGAUUUAGAUGGUGAUUGCGAUCUCGGAUCAUUCUGUUUGCCAAAUUGUAGCUUAACCAAAAAGAUAAAUCUCGAACUACGUGAGGCUAAUGGAAUAUCACCAAUGGAUCUGAUUUACGAUUAA